AUGAUGCUGGGUCGAGGUGGAGCGACGCCAGUGGUAGGGCUCGUGGGUGCCCGUGCGUCCUCUGUCAGCGGCCCCAUAGCCACCUUGGCUGCCGUGCAGAAGGUGCCACAAAUCUCCAUGGCCUCUACCAGCCCCAGUCUCUCAAACAAAGCGGCGUAUCCGUUCUUCUUGCGCACGGUGCCGCCGGACAGCCUUCAGGCGCUGGCACUCUGGCAGUGGAUCUUGAAAUUUGAUGUCCCCCUGGCUACCUGCUUAUACUCCUCCGAGAGCUAUGGACAAGGCCUCUUCAAUGAGAUCUUAGACCUUGCGCGAGAGGAACGGCAGCCGGAUCGCUUGCAGGGUCGCGCAAUACGGUACAUGCCUCGAGAGUUUAGCCAUGAAGAGGCCACUGGGCUCCUGUUUAGCCACCCAUCAAUAAGGACAGCACGUUAUCGACUAUAUGUCGCCACUAGUUCCUAG